UUAUAGCAAACUCUUCUCAGUGUACCCACGAAGCAUUGAAGGGGUGUAAAUGAACGACAAGUACAGAUUUAUAAACGUGGAUUCUUUUUCUCUCUUUCUUUUUUGUGAAAAGCUCCUUCGGGAACAGAAACCGUAACAGAAGACGCGUUAGUUGUUGUAAAUUCAGUCCUGAUCUGAGAGAUCACAAUGACUAAAGAGGAGGAUAUUCCAGACUGGGUGGGUGGACAAGAGUUCUACAAUAAAUAUGAACCCAAAGAGAUCCUAGGAAGAGGGGUAAGCAGUGUGGUUCGUCGCUGUGUGGACAAGCAAACCAACCAGGAAUAUGCAGUAAAGAUCAUAGAUAUCACACCAUCAGAUAAAAUGACUCCCCAGGAGAUAGAAGAGAUUCGAGAGGCUACUGUAAAAGAGAUUGACAUCCUUCGGAAAGUCUCCGGACAAAAGAACAUAAUACAACUGCAAGACUGCUUUGAGUCAAAUGCCUUCUUCUUUUUAGUUUUUGACCUAAUGAAGAGGGGAGAAUUAUUUGAUUACCUCACAGAGAAAGUGACUCUGAAUGAGAAAGAGACACGGAAGAUCAUGCGUGCUCUGCUGGAAGUGGUGCAGUUCCUUCAUGCCGAAAACAUUGUACACAGGGACCUCAAGCCAGAGAAUAUCCUGCUGGAUGAUAACAUGAACCUUAAGUUAACAGACUUUGGCUUCUCUGUCCAGAUAGAACCUGGACAGAGGCUAAAAGAGGUUUAUGGAACACCUGGUUAUUUAGCUCCUGAAAUCAUUGAAUGCUCUAUGGACUCCUGUCACACUGGCUAUGGAUCUGCUGUUGACCUCUGGAGUUCCGGGGUGAUCUUUUACACUCUGCUGGCUGGAUCCCCACCAUUUUGGCACAGAAAGCAGAUGCUGAUGCUGCGAAUGAUUCUUGCUGGGAAAUAUGAAUUCAGCUCUCCCGAGUGGGAUGACCGUUCUGAUACUGUCAAGGACCUGAUUUCCAGGUUACUGGUGGUGGACCCACAGAGGCGCUAUACUGCUACAGAGGCCCUAAACCACCCUUUCUUCCAGCAGUAUGAGGUUGCAGAGGUCCGCCACUUCAGUCCUUAUAGGAAGUUCAAGGUUAUCUGCCUGACUGUACUGGCUACCAUGCGCAUUUACUGCAGCUACCGCCGGGCCAAACCUGUAACUAAGGAAGUGAUUCGCAGAGACCCUUACGCCAUCAAACCACUACGGAAGAUGAUCGAUGCCUGUGCCUUUAAGAUCUACGGCCACUGGGUGAAGAAAGGGCAGACUCAGAACAGAGCAGCCCUGUUUGAAAAUACUCCUAAAUUCAUCUUGCUGUCUAUUGCAGCAGAGGAGAAUGAAAUAACCCUAAGGACUCCAUAAGACAACCCUUACCUCUGGAGCCAUUCAGGAAAACGAACUGACUAUAUUAACAUCACGUCUAUGUUAACACACAGAAUGGCAUGUAGCGCAGCUAGCAAAGGUGAAGUCAGAGUAAUAUGAACAUAUUUACAGUUCCAAAGGGAUUUCACACAUAAAGGGAUUUUCCUAGGCUUAGUGAACUUAGUGAAUGUGGUGCUUGGAACGGGUCUCUGAGCCACUGGGGAGCAGCAGCUCACAGAAAACUAUAAACUAUAAAGUGUUUCAAAUAA